UUGGAGGCGGUAGUGAUGGUAGGGUCGCAGCCAAUCCAUAGGUGUUCUGUUGCCAAGCCAAGACCAAGCGUCGUAGCGAACUGUACAGCAGCCGAAACACGCCUACGCGCCUACGCUGCACCUACACGCUUCACGCCGAUAGCAAAGGCUGGCAGCCCGGUGCCUACAUCACCAGUAGCUCGCAAACUCCACUUCAUAGCUGACAUGGCAUCAGGGGAGGAUGGUUCCAAGAGAAAAGUUGCGUUAAUUUCGGGGAUUACUGGGCAGGAUGGAUCAUACCUUGCAGAAUUUCUUCUUGGAAAAGGCUAUGAAGUUCAUGGAAUAAUUCGUAGAUCCAGCUCUUUCAACACGGGUCGGAUUGAGCAUCUGUACAAAGACCCCAAGACCCAUCAACAAGGAUCUAUGCAACUCCACUAUGGUGACCUAACGGACAGCUUGUGUUUAGUGAAGCUUAUUAGGCAGACAAAUCCCACAGAAAUAUACAACUUAGGUGCCCAAAGUCAUGUAAAAGUCUCUUUCGACUUGAGUGAGUACACAGCCAAUGUGGAUGCAAUUGGCACUCUGCGCAUCUUGGAAGCAAUCAGGGUAUGUGGUUUGGAGCACAAGGUGAAGUUCUAUCAGGCUUCAACUAGCGAGCUAUAUGGAAAAGUGCAAGAGAUACCACAAAAAGAGACAACACCAUUUUAUCCUAGGUCACCAUAUGGUGUUGCAAAACUGUAUGGGUACUGGAUUGUUGUUAACUACCGGGAAGCCUACGACAUGUUUGCCGUAAAUGGCAUACUCUUCAAUCAUGAGAGUCCCAGGAGAGGUGAGACAUUUGUGACAAGAAAAAUUAGUAGAUCCGUUGCAAAGAUCCAUUUGGGCCAAUUGGAAUGCUUUGAGCUUGGCAACCUAGACUCGAAGCGAGAUUGGGGCCAUGCAAAGGAUUAUGUUGAGGCUAUGUGGCUAAUGCUUCAAGAAAAGGAGCCGAGUGAUUUUGUGAUUGCCACUGGUGAAUACCACAGUGUCCGAGAGUUCGUUGAAGUGGCCUUCAAGCACAUUGGCCGAACUAUUGUGUGGGAAGGCUCAGGCCUUGAUGAAGUUGGAAAAGAGAAAGAAAGUGGCGCUGUUCGAAUAAAGGUCAACCCAAAGUAUUUUCGCCCCGCAGAAGUGGACUUCUUGCUUGGAGAUGCCACCAAGGCCAAGGAGAAACUUGGUUGGGAAAGGAGAAUCUCGUUUCAGGAGCUAGUCAAAGAAAUGGUGGAUUCUGACAUUGCCUUGAUGAAGAAGAACCCUUCUGCUUAGGACCUCUUCAGAAGUUGUGCCUGCCAGAAUGUGAUCUAUUUACAUGGAUCCUCGGAAGGACAUUCCUUUAAAAGACUGAGGAGAUGGUGCAGUUCACAUGCCCUCAAAGGGCACAGUCAUUUUUAUAAACAGUGUUUUUUCAUACCAUUACUUGGAGAACUUGGCACCCACUAUACUGGUGCCGAUUUACUGGGCAAGCGAGUAUGGGGAUUUUUUUUUUUACCAACUUUUUUGUUGUGUUCUUGUUUUACUUGUUACAAGGGAGGGCAUUAUUUUUACUAUCUACAAUAUAUCUGGUUGUUGCAAACCAAGAAUGGGAUCCUGGUACCUGUGAUGUUGGGAACAAAAAAAAAGUUUUCGUGCCGAAUUUUUUUACCAAGUAAUAAAAAAGCUGUGAGCAAAAA